AUGUCAUUCACCCGCAGCCCUCUUUUCCCAAUCUUCAACCUUCUCACAAAUUUGACUGCCGUGGGAGGUGCGACAUAUUAUCUGCAGACGUGGCACAAGUUCAACUACGAGGAGCAUGAAGCACGCAUGGAUGAGCUUGAGGGCACCUUGAGAGGCCACAUCGGGCUUAUCGAAGAAUCUCUUGACCGUUUGGAAGGCAAAGGCAAGGAGUCGGACAGAGGGAAGAAAAUGGACGAAUACUACGGGAAGCGUGGCCAUGAUAGUAAGGAUGACACCAAAAAGUGA